AUGGAAGACGAAAAGAAAGUCAGAGACACGAUGGAGGGGCGCGAACACAGUUUCACCCUUGGUGAAACUGUCUCGACAAAUGGGAACCAUGGUACGACGGAGGUGCAGCAGCAAGCACCAAGGCAGAAGAUCGGAGACUCGGAGACUAAAGACCUUACCAAGGACGAGCGAAUUGAGUUGGCGGGGCAUGACAUCGACGACGCGUGCGGGCAGUUCGAGGAGAAAAUGAAGACCCGCGAUUAUCGACCCUUCGUCGACGAAUCAGGCUUUGUGUACCGCUUCACAUUGGUGAGGAAGGAUAUACUGAAGAACCGACUUGCAAAACAUCGUAUGAAGGCGGAAUUGAUGGAUAUCCGGCGCGAACGACUCUUGAGCGAAAACUUGCGCGGAAAAGAUGGAGCAGAUGACGGCCAGCGCUUGUACCUCCCAAUGUCAACAGCACCUCAGUCUGUCAAUGAAGGUGACGCAGCUGUCGACUCUGUUGAACCUAGGAGGAGGAAGCCGAGCGUGACGGUGUUGAUGCAUAGUCAUAGGACUAUUCCGGAUACCAACCUGGAGAUUCAGGCGAGGACCCCAGAGAGCGGAUGGUGA